GCGUUAUUUGUAACUUAUUUUGAACAUAAUCUUUCUGCCACUGUCUCUUAUGACCAAAAAGAGCUUCUGCAUAUCAGAGCAGUGAUUACUCUCCUCGUACUGGAUAAAGAUUUUUUCUUUAACGAGUCGGAUGUGAAUGAUUUACUUCAGACACCGGACAAGGCGCAAAUCCCUGUCGUUCGCAUGAAGAAGAGACGGAGAUACAGGGGUCGUAGGUCGGGGUGCCUUGUAAGAAUUCGAUGGUGAGUGGGUAACCCGCCUCUACCAUCAGUCCUACUAGCCAACGCUCAAUCAUUGGAUAAUAAACUGGAUGAGCUCCGAUCAAAACUAUCCUACCAACGAGACAUUAAAACUGUAAUAUCUUAUGUUUCACCGAGUUGUGGCUGAACAACGACAUGGAUAACAUACAGCUAGCUGGGUUUUCAGUGCAUCAGCAAGAUAGAACAGCUACCUCCGGACAAAGAUGCGACGACACAAGGUCUUUCUCUUUGGCGCAUUGGCCUUGUGUGUCCUCUACCUGCUGCAAUACUGCAAGGCCCUCCACCACAUGCUUAUGCUGACAGAGCUGUAUACCUCCUCCGUCAACCUCGAGGCCCUGGGCUUCCUCUGGAGAGGGAAUGUUCGCUCAGAGAUGAAGCCUCUACCUGGGUCUCGACCCUCCGACACGGGCCUGUGGGAACCAGGGGAUGACCGGGAGGACCAAGGGAAUGCGAAGGUGGGGAGACGGAUUGGGCAUGGCGGUGAGGACCAGUGGGGUAAGGAGCAGCCUGACUCAGGGAAUGUAAACAGAAUGACGGUCACUCUCCCAGACCCCAAAGGACCAUGGGGGGAACUUCACAAACGGAGCAUCCAUCUUCACGAUGACCCCACCUCGUUCUUUGUGCGCACCAAGUCUGGAGCAUAUUGCUUCAGAGAGGGAACGGAAAUUGCUUUUCUCAAAGACGACUCGGGACAAAGGGUCCAAGCAGCUCGAGAGGGCCAGCGUAAGAUCCUGCAUGCACAGCAAGAGGAACCCAAGUCAGCCCAGGGGAAAUCAGCCCGGGGGAAAAGGCUGGUGAAGUGUAUGUGUCGCCAAGGCUGGCACGGUCCUCACUGUGGCAUCCCCACCAUGGUGCAACACUCCAACCUUCCCAAUAAGGGAAGUCUGAUGCCCAGGAUGGUUCCGCGGAGGGUCAUCAAUGCCAUUAACAUCAACCACGAAUUUGACCUCCUCCACGCCCGCUUUCACGAGCUGGCCGACACUGUCGACCUCUUCCUGGUGUGUGAGUCAAACUUCACGGCCUAUGGAAAUUCCAAGCAGCUGCACUUCCUGCGCCUCCUGCUUAACGGAACCUACAACUAUAUACGCCACAAGAUCCUCUACGUCUUCCUUGAUCACUUCCCUAAAGGUGGCCAGCAGAACGGGUGGAUCGCUGACGACUACCUGCGGACGUUUUUAAGCUAUGACGGGAUGUCCAGGGUACAAGGCACCAGGCCGGAUGAUGUCUUCCUCAUCAACGAUGCAGAUGAGAUACCGGCCCGCGAGGGCAUCCUCUUCCUCAAACUCUACAAUGGUUGGACGGAACCUGUGUCCAUCCACAUGAGAAAGUCCCUUUAUGGUUUCUUCUGGAGGCAGCCCGGGACCCUGGACGUCCACUCCGCCUGCACUGUUGCCAUGCUUUUCGCCGUCUACAAUGGAGACGGGAUAUCACUGAGGCGCAGGGAUUACUUCUCCAUGCCGGGUUUCCGGAACUAUCAGAGGGAGAGUGGACGCAUCCUGGUGCAGUGGUCUAUUGGGAGCCCCGUCCACUAUGGAGGCUGGCACUGUUCCUGGUGCUUCAGACCAGAGGGAAUCUCCCACAAACUAAUCUCUGCACAGAAUGGAGACUUCCCCCGCUGGGGCGACUACGUGGAAAAACGAGAUCUGAACUACAUCAAGGGCUUGAUCCAGACUGGAGGAUGGUUUGAUGGCUCGGUGGGGGAGUACCCACCCACAGACCCUAAAGAGCCUAUGUACGCACCCAAAUAUCUAUUAAAGAACUUUCAGCUGUACAGCUACGUACUUGAGAACCCAUAUGCCUGAAUCUGGUAGAAAACCGGUGAGAAUUAUUUUCUCAUUGUUGAUUUCAAUGGAAGGAUUAUUAACUUCAAGGGGUGUUGUCUGAACACAACUAUGAAACCUCCACCUGCGAAUCUGAUUGAAGGGCAGGCCCUCCACUUCCUGUCUGAAGAAGAAGUAGCUAGUGGUUGAGAGGGGGUGUAAUGAGGGACAUCUGAGACUCAUUCUAUCCGAUUCUAUCCCUUUUCAAUCACAAUAUUUAAAUGAUAGUUUAACAAGUUUUGCGUUUCCAGAGACCUUUGUGCAGAAAGAGACCUGAAAAACGAUCAAUGCACUUUUCUGUGGGGGUGGUAAAACUGUGUUACUGUGCUGAAAUGGUUGUUCGAACAACAUAGGGAAAUAUAGUGGGAAAGGGAAAGUCGGUUUUAUAUUGUUUAAUACAUAUCCAUGUUUCCCUCACUAAUGUGGGCUUAUUUUAGCCGUCGCUUAAUUUGACUACACAACUUUCUCAUAGCCUUCUUGUAAACAGAUUGUUUAUGGUUUACAGGUGAAUAAAUGUGAGGCCAAAAAGCAUAUGUAAUUAGAACCAUGAAAUCAUGCCAAACAAUUAUCACAUUACUUUUAGACAUUUGUGUAAUUUGUAUUCAUUGUUCAUUGAGAGAGAAAAUUCUUGAGAAACAAAAUCCAUUUCUUCUGCUAUGGUCUAGUGAUUCACAUCACGUCUGGUAAUUCAAUCUGUUCUAGACACUCAACUUGACAUGUAUAUAAGCCAACGCAAUGGUUUCCUUGGUUUUGUCCUUAAAAAUGGAUUACAAUUCUUCAACAACCAAAUAAUGGACAUGAUAAUGAUAUUCCUACAGAUCUUAGGGACAUAUCCCUGUGAAUAGGAUGUAUAGCAAUGACAAUUAUUAAUGUAUUAGUGCUUAGUUAAGAAACAACAGACUGUCUGCCAUCAAUCGGAUCAGCCUUCGAUACGCUGCAAGUAAUUUGUUCCUGCCUGAAUUACAAUAGAGUACACUGAGAGGCCUAUUCAACAGAAACUAGUGAGUCAACAAAAAAAUAUAUAUAAUUAUGUGGUGAAUAUCUUAGUUUGUUCUUGUUUCGCACUGUAGACAUUGUUUUGUUGAGUAGCUAUAUGAAUCCAAACCUACUGGCAGUAAAAGCAGUAACAGGACGACAUAAAGACAGACAAAAGUGCAUAAAAAGGAGUAAUUUAUUAGUAUACUUUUACUUAAAUUUUGAGUAAUUUAUUACAUGUACUACUUUAUUAAUCAUGCAUCUUUAUUUCCAGAUAACCUUCCUAAUAUUGUAAGUUUAAGACUGCUGUUUACUGUUGUUAAAUCUUUGAUAGAUUUUAUGAAGCCAUGAUCCUGACCACAUGUCAAUGUGGACACUUUUGUUCAGAAUUGGCAUUAGCACUACUUUGGCUUGGGAGAAUACUUUGGGAAUAAGGGGAUAAUAAUAAUUUAUUGGUGUAUUGACAAUGUUUCUCAUGGGAAUCUGAUGCUUUAUCGAUUGAUGCUCUGACUUGCAGUUUGCACACAAUCUCUCACAGCCUUUAAAACUACUUACUCUGAACUCUGAUACACCUCUUGUUUCUCAACACCUCUCGUUCCGCAAUCCAUGUUUUGAAUAUUUAUGCACUCAACUUUUUUUUCAACCUCUGCCCUAUUGUGUGUGUAUGUGUGUGUCCGUGUGAGUAUGUAUUUUAUCUAUCUUGUUAGAAAUUAUUGUAAAGGUGCCCCUUUUCGGUAUCUUUCUAUCUGGAGUCCACAUGAUGAAAAGUGGGACUUGCACAGUGGCUACAUUUAAAGGCCAGAAUCUCAGGAAUCUUAGAGAAUGGCAUGUGAAUGGCAUGAAUCGCAACUAUACAAACUGCACUGUUGUUCAAGGUCCACAGCAUGUUUACAGAAAAAAAAAUUGCCUUGGAUGUUGUUGACUUUGCUUUUUUAGGGGGAUUUAUUUUGUAAUUUCUGGAUGGUGUCCAAUAUUUUUUUGUACAACUAUGAGGUACCGCUCCUGUGUUCUAACUUAAAAAAAUGUAUUGUUGAAAUAAAAAUCAAUAACUCAU